UACCUGCAGUCAAAAUGACAAAUUAAUGCCAGAUUGAAGUUUCGUAGUGCGGAUCGUGUUUUUUGGAGUGCGGUGUAUCAACCCAAUUAAUGAUCGACAGUGAUAUGGUUCAGUUCCUAGAUUUCCAUUUGCCAAUUUAGUCAGUUCUGAUUGUACCCAUACAACGAAUUUGUAUAUGCGAUCUAUUUUAACAUUGAGCAGAAACAACGGAGAUUGAGGAAAAAUGUUCAAACUGAUUACAUCACGAGCCACUCAGCAUAUAUUUCGGAAGUGCCUUGUCAAAACCAGUUUGGACGAGGCAGCUGGUAUUGGCAGCAUGUGGCAUACUAUUUCUCUCCAGCAAGCACGUUUGAUACAAAGUUUUUCCCGAAAUUUGUCCACAUCGCAGCCUAAACUACAAACCGAGGAAGUGGAAGUCACAUUCGUUCGCUCCAACGGAGAGCGACUGAAGGCUAAGGGUAAAAUUGGUGACUCUUUACUGGACGUGGUCGUCAAUAAUCAAAUCGACUUGGAUGGCUUCGGUGCCUGUGAGGGAACGCUGACCUGCUCCACUUGUCAUUUAAUUUUCUCCAAGGCGGACUACGACGCCCUGCCGGAGAAACCGGGUGACGAAGAACUGGACAUGCUGGAUCUAGCCUACGAAUUGACCGACACCUCUCGGCUUGGUUGUCAGAUUGUGCUGACAAAGCAGUUGAACGGUCUGGAAGUGCGAGUCCCGGCUACAAUCAACGAUGCACGAAGCUAACCGAUGAUGGGGAGUUUCGUUGUUAUGCUGCACAUAUUUUUAAACCAGUAGUGUUUGUACAGAUGAAGUUACUUCUUACAGUUUGACAUGAAGAAUUAGGUUAUCUUUGAUUAUACAAAGAACAACUAUUCAGUUCGUGCAAUUCUUGAAUGUAAAACAAAAUACUGCUUAAAGUUUUCUAUUUGUGGAACAAAUAAUUUUUAAUUGAAAAUAUACAGAAAAGAUCUAUA